AUGGAGCCAUCUCCAUCAACCAGCAGCUCUCGUGGAGGGCAGAUUCCCAUCCCGCUCCCGUACAAGACCCAGGGCAAGAGCAAGAACAAGAGCAAGAACAAGGGCAAGAACAGGGGCAAGAACCUGACCAAGAACAAGGGCAAGAACAAGAACAAGAGAAAGGGCAGGAACAAGACCAACAAGGCCAAGACCAAGAACAAGACAAACAGCAAGACAAACAGCAAAAUCAACAGCAAAAUCAACAGCAAAACCAACAGCAAAAUCAACAGCAAAACCAACAGCAAAACCAACAGCAAAACCAACAGCAAAACCAACAGCAAAACCAACAGCAAGAGCAGGAGCAGCUCACUCCAGGGGACUCUCCACCAAAAUCGACAGCGACAAAAAAACACCAUGUUGAAGAAGGCCAUCUGA